AUGAGCAACAAACAAGAUAAAGGAUUGAAAAAACCCAACCAGUAAAUAGGAAAUACUUAGAGUAACGGAACUGGUCCCUCUAGUAACUAAGGCAGAUCAGAGUACAAUAGCUAGCCUUAUUCCAGUUAUAAAGGUAGAGGAAAUAACCCAACUAGUUAUCUAAAGAAGGAAGAAGGAAGAAAUAAUGAAGAAGGAUAGGGAAUUCUAAGGAAUAUUGGAGGACCUCGCUCAGGAGGAGCUUUCAAAGAUGACUUGAGCAAUACCACAAGAAAGAAGGGACUUGGAAAGAACAAAUUCAUUUAAAUUUACAACGAUUAUAGCCUCAGUCGUAGAAAUGGAUUUGAAUUAAAUUAGGAUUGGCUUAAAGGCUUGCACACUCAAUUCCCUUAGAUAUUUGUCCGUGAGCAUUUGGCACCUAUUUUUACUGAUAAGUCUUACUGUGAUAGCUUUAAUGUUGCAGAGGCAUUCGAAAAGGUUGUUAAAAAGCCAACUGAUGCCUUGUAAACCUUUGCUUAACCUGCUGUAGAGCAACCUACUGUCUAAAAUGAAUAAAAGAAUUAAAGCGAUUCAGAAGAAGAACCUAAUUGGGAAGUAGACGAAUAACAGUUUAAUUUCGAAUUUAAAUCAUUUGAUAAGGAAAAGUAUGCACAAGAAAUGAAAGAUAAAAACAACAAAAGAAACAAAGAUUAAGACAGCAACAAUUCAAAGUAAUUCCAAAGACAGUAAUAACAAUAGAAAUAAAAAUAACCUGAAUAGGUUACAAAUGGAUUAGAUUUAUUUUUGUAAUAAUAACAACAAUAACAAUAAUAGCAAUAAUAGAGCACAGAAAAUUAAGGAGAUGCUUUAAGUUUAUUUAUAGCUUCAAUUUAAAGCAAUAAUAAUAGCAAUAAUAAUGACAUGUUAUCUGGUCUAUUAAGUGGCUCUAAUUAGCAAAAUGACUAAGCAUAAAAACAAGAAGCUGACUAUGAUUUAGAAUACGAAGAUAUAGAUAUGAAACUAGAGAGAUUAGCCAAAGAAAAUGAGAAGAAGAAAGAGUUCGAAAGACAGCUCAUCAAAUUCGAAGAAGAGCAAAAAAACCAAUAAGAAGAAUUGUAAAAUGGUGAUGAUGAAGAUGAAGAUGACGAUGAUAAAAAUUUGGAGGCCUUUGGCGAAACCUCUGUAUAACCUAAAGACAAUACUACUUAAGCCCGUUAAAUAAAUAAUAAAACUGUUAUUGCUAAUGCUUUUGAAGAUGCAGAUGAUGAUGAAGAUGACCUCGAAGAUGAUGAAGAUGAGGAUAAUGAUGAAACUUUUAAUACAAAGUAAGACGAGCCUUACUAUCCUGAUAACAGCAAGCAAAUUCAACAAAAAUAGGUAGAACAAAGCUAAUAAGAAAUAAGCAGCAUCGGACCCAAGGCUACCUUCCUUCAAACCUUAAGAGAUAAUAACUAAAAAGCAGAAGAAUUUAAUAACAAUUAGAAGUAUGAUAUGGAUUCAAAUCAUAAUUAGAAUGGUAACCAAAAACCCAUUACAUCAAUUGGAGGGUUUGGAGGCUUUGAUAAUCAAUUCUUAAAUAUGGAUUAUGAAGAUGAAAACUUUACUAAUAUAUUUGGUAAAAUGCCAAAGUAAGAUGUAAAUAGUUACUUAUACAAGAAUUCAGAUGAUGAACAAGAAUAAAAUGAGCAAGAGGAAGAAGAUGAUGACAAUUUCUAAGAUAAAAAUAAAGAAGAAUCCGACGAAGAAAAGAGCCAACUUGAAAAGUUAAUAGUUAAUUAAGCAGAUCCUGAAGACAUAAAAUAAAAGGUUUAUGAAGCACUCUUUUAAGGAACUACAGACUAAGAACGCAGAGAAUAAGAAGAAAAAAGAAAAGAAAAAGAGAGAAAAGAAAUUGAAAAGAUAGCUGAAUUAAUGUCUUACCAAGAAGAAGAAAAAGGAAAUUACUUCUAAGCUUGUGCUUAUCUAUUACAAGUAAACCCCUAAGAACCUAUUUGGGUUUAUAAGGACAUGAAAGGUGAAAAAUAAGGUCCUUAUAACUCGAUAUAGAUGGACAGUUGGAAAGAACAUUUUGCAGCUACAGAAGUAGCUCACAGUAGAAGUUUGUACUGGAUUAAAUACAAAGAUUUAACACUCUACACUAAAAUAUAUGUAAAUCAUGUAAAAGAUUUGAUUUAACAAGAACAAAGCAAAAAUGAGUGGUAGUAAAUGUAUUUGUUGUAAUAGCAACAAUAACAAUAACAAAACUAGCUUUUACAAGGGUAAUAAGUAAACUAAUAAGUUAGAAUAGACCCAAAAGUAUAGUAGCAACUCUUGGCUCUUUAAAUGUAGUACGCAUAACAAGGAUAAGGAGGACAGAAUGUUGCUAAUACUUAGUAAUAAUAGCAAUAAUUGAUGCAAAACAUGUAAAAUUUGCUUAAGAAUCCUUAGAUUGCUUCUUUUUACAGAAGCUAAUAAAUGAUGCAACAUCAACAACAAUAGCAACAGUAAUAAUAAUAACAAUUCUAACAGUAGCAGUAAUAAUAGAUAAUUUAAUAAUAAUAGCAGCAAUAGCAAUAGCAGAGUUUUAAUUAAAUAAAUUUACUAAUGCAAUAACUACAAUACUAGCAAUAAUAGUAAGGCAAAUAAGGAAAUUUAAAUAAUUAGUAAUACCAGUAGUAUAAUCCUAAUGACUCACAUGCUAAUAAAUAUAUUUUAUAAUAGUUAUAAAGAUAGCAAUAACAACAAUAAUUAUAGCAAUAGUAAUUCUUACAAAUUGAAUAACUAUCUUAAUACCACUUAGGCAAAAAGCAAAACAAAUAAUAACUUAGUUAAGGUAAUAUGAAUAACAAUAAUAGAAAUUCUAAUUAGUAUGCUCAAGACGGUGUUUAAGGAAUGGUUAACAAUAAUUAGUAAAAUCAUAGAAAAAAUAAUUCAACAAACGUGGGUCAGAAUUAUAAGGCUGGAGGUGCUCACGUUUACUAAAAUUAAAAUAAUGGCUACAACGGUAUGGCAUAAAAUAACAAUAACUACAGAAAUGACUACCAAAGAAAUUAAAACUAAGGAGGAUACAACAACCCAGAUUAUAAUAAUAAUAGAACAAACCAAGCUAACAAUCCUCAAAAUAAUAAUAACUAAAUGUACAACCAUAGAAACUAAUAAGGAAAGCACAACCCUAGCAACAGCAUGAGUAACAACAGUAACGAUAACUACAUUAAAAAUAACUAAAAUAACAGAGGAGGCAAACCUUAUUUAAAUGACUAAGAUUUCCCUAGUCUCUCUUGA